GAUUGUCAUUUUCGUUUGCCGCUUGUCAUUCUGUGAAAUUGCAUUUUUGUACAAAAGUUGAACAUUUCAGUUUCUAUAAAACCGUAUUAAAAUGGCAUUUAUGGCAGAUCCGAUGAACCCAGCGCCUUUCUGGGGAAAUGGCCCGUCCCCAGCCGCAUUUUACAACUUUCCUGGUAACUCCUCCAACAUUGGACCAGCAAAACACACUGCACAGGACUUCAGGGCUCACUCAGCUGCACCAAUCACAACAACGACCACAGUGAUAGGGCUAAAGUUCGACAAGGGAUGCAUCAUAGCAGCAGACAUGCUCGGGUCCUAUGGGUCCCUUGCUCGCUUCCGGAACUGUCCUAGGGUUCUGAAGGUUAAUGAUGUGUGCCUCUUGGGCAACGGUGGAGACUAUGCUGACUUCCAGUUCCUGAAGGACAUUAUUAACCAGAAAAUGAUUGACGAGAAGUGCACGGGCGACGGUCUGCAGAUGAAGCCGCGCUCGCUGCACUGCUGGCUCACGCGCAUGAUGUACCAGAAGCGCAGCCGCAUGGACCCACUGUGGAGCAACUAUGUCGUCGCUGGGAUUCAGAACGGCACCCCCUUCCUCGGCGCGGUAGACAAGCUGGGCACAGCCUACGAGGACGCGUGCAUCGCCACCGGCCUCGGGGCUCACAUGGCCACGCCCAUGCUGCGCGAGGCCGCCAAGCAGCCGCUGGACGAGGCGCAGGCCAAGGCAAUCGUCCAGAAAUGCAUGGAGGUCCUCUUCUACCGUGACGCGCGUUCGUUCCCCAAGUACCAGAUCGGCGUGAUCACAGCAGACGGCGUAACGGUCAGUGACCCCAUCGAGCUGAAGCACGACUGGUCACUCGCCCACAUGAUCCAUAUGAAGUGAGAGGUUGGGAGUUGUGAUGGUGGUUUUUUUUAUAAUGAUUAUGAAUAAAUUCUUGUAAAAUGUA